AUGAUUAAAAACUUUUUAAAUUGGAUCAAAACUAUAAAUAUCAAAGAUAUAUACUCAUUUAGGAAUCAAGUUCCGAUUAAAGAAGUAAAUUAUGGAAUUGAUGAUAUUUCUAAAAAGGAAGAUUAUCGAAUUGCAAUUUCUCAAAAUGGAAAAUUUAUUGUUACAUUUGAUACGGCAAACCUUCGGAUUAAAAUAUUGGAAAAUAAAGAUCAUCGUCCAUUCACAUCCAGUAAGAAAGAAGUCAAUUCCAACGAUAAUAAUAAAUAUUGUGGACUCGACAACCUUGAUGAACUAGAUGAUAUUGGUCAAACUAUCACUUAUUUUAAAAUAAAUAAUGACUUUAUGAUUGAAAAAUUCUAUAAAGAAGAAUAUAAACCUUCUUUAUUUGAAGUCGAUUCUUUAGACAGCGAUAUAAUCAAUGCAAGCGACUUUGAAUGGUCUAUUGAUAUAUCAAACAUGCAAGAGAUUAAUGAUGGCGGAUCUUUUAUUCUUAUCGCUAUAUCUCAUAUAAACGUUAACAUGGAUAUGAGGAGAACUGAAAAUAAAAAAAUUGAUAAUAAAAAGAAUGAUUAUAAAAAAGAAAAUCUUAAUAAAAUAAGAUUUAAAUGUUCGUCACUGUCUGAAAAGUAUGAAUUAAAAGAUGAAGGUAAUAAACCUGACGAAGCUUGCGAUAUUGCAAUUAAUAUGAAACCAAGACCUACAAAUAAGAUUAUGACUUGUCAUUAUUCUAAUCAAAUUUCAGGAAUAUGUAGAUUUAUUGAUGAUUCAAGUAAAGACGAUUCAAAAUCGUUAAACGAUUCUCGAAUAAAAAGAUUUAUAAUAUUGAAUUUUCGUGGGAUAUAUAAUUUUGAAUUUGAUGAUCAUUUUGAUUCUUUUAAUUUGAAUGAAAAGUUUGAAUAUCCAACUAAUAUUAGACGUGAAUUAGAUAUUUGGUACACUGAUAAUUGCAUGAAACGACUUUUAUCAUGUAUUUAUGAUAAAUAUUUUUUUGUUCCACAAUACAAAAAUGAUGUGUUAUUACUUAAAGUUUAUGAUCUUGCAAAAAUGGAAUUAGAGACUACUAUAAAAAAAAGUAAAAACAAGAAUUAUUUCACAUUAAACUCCAACGACAACGCCUUUUCUUUUAGUAGAUUACAACUUUGUUUUACUCGAGGAAAUAAUACUAUAAGGUUGUAUUAUAUAAAAAAUGGUUUAGAAGUUGCUUUUAAAAGUUUUAAAGAAAUAGAACGAAUAUAUUUAUUGGAAUUUAUUGAAAAUGAUGAAAAGUUGCUUAUAAUAGGGAAAGAACAAAAAUUAAAAGAGAUUAAUGAAAACAAAGAAAUGAACAAAGAAGAAAAGGAGAAAAGAAAACAAGAGAUAAUUGAGAUAAUUGAUAAAAAUGAAGGUAUAAAGGUGAAAAGGAAAGAAAAAGUAAUUAAAUUAAAAUAUAUUAUAGAAAAAUUUCAUAUGGUAACACACGCUUGUAAAGCAUUAGUACAUCUUAAUAAGCGUUUUAAAAGUAGUAACCAUCUUGCAAAUAAUUACAUUAGAAUACACGAAUACGAAAAAAUGUUUAGCUAUAUUGAACAUAUAGUUUGGAAAUUUGCUAAAUAUGAACCAGAAAAUUUUAGAUUGUUGGAUGUUCGAUAUAAUGUUAUGAAAAAUUUGAUUCUUGGUGAUUGUGAUUAUUUGAUAAAAUUCAUACUAUUUGGAGAUGAAGAGGAAACUACUGAAAGCAGUGUGGUUCGACAUAUACCAAAUAGUGAAUUAUGGCCAGGAAAAAUGUUUUUAAGAGAUGAUGAUCUUGACUUUGAUGAAAGCAAUGAUAUGCUAAUAGGACGUGAACUUAAAGAUACGAAUGCUAUUGCUUAUUUUUUGGAAUAUUAUUCUAGACGUGCAACUAAUUAUGCAGAUUGGAUGUGUACCGUUUCUAAGGCAAUUCCUUUGUUAUUUAAAUAUAAUUAUGAUGAUUAUGCUAGAAAAUUAUUUUCUAGAGAAUGUUUUAUAAAUCAGGAUCAUUCCUUGAUUCAAGAUUCUAAUGAAAUUAUUCCAAGGGUAUACUUAGAAAGACGUAAUCAUAACAUUAAAUUUAGAGCAUUCAGUCCUAUAGUCAAACUGAAGUCUAUUAAAUAUGGGUGGUACGAUUAUUGGAUUCGAACCCCAUUUAAAUCUUUGUAUGAUAGUAUAAUCAAAUUAAAAAAUGAUAUAGUAAUAAUGUAUGAAAAUUUUGAUAAUGAACUUGGAAAAUCGACGUUAGCUUUACGAGUGGUUCCACUUCCCGGUUUUACUACAAAUAAUAUUGUAGAGAAAAAAGUAGAGUAUAAUUUUUUAAAGAUAUUAUUAAAUAUUAUUCUAUUGCUAUUCAUACCACGAUUGUACAAAAUUGGUCAAUCUGAGAGAAUUAAGCUAAGCCCCUUUUCUAGGACAAUAUUGUGUGAGAAUGAUGAUACACAUGAUAUUUAUGACAAUCCAGCAAUUGAAGCGGUUAUCAAUUUUCAAUGGCAAAAAGCAAAAAAUUUCUUCUUUUCUCUCUUCAUUCGGUUUCUUGUUUUUGCCACUUGUUUUGGGUUAGUUAGCUGGGCAUAUUUGGAUCAUAGCACUAUUAUUAAUCAAAAUUUUUUGUUUAUAUUGAUUAUUGUGUUCUAUUAUUUAUCAAUUUAUCAACUUAUUACUGAAGUUUUACAGCUUCGUUAUCGUGGAUUUAAGAAAUAUUUUAGUGAAAUAUUUAAUAUUUCUGAUGUAAUUUCUACUGUAUUUGCUGUAACAAUAAUGACAAUAAUGCUUAAAAAUUAUCAAUUUUCUGAUGGUUUUGAAAGUGUUAAAGAAAUUAACAAUGGAUUAAUUAUUGCGAUUUCAUUCUCAAUUUUCUUGGUUUGGAUUGAAUUGGUAAUCUUUGAUUUGGUUGUGUUGCUCAAGGAUCCUGCAAAUAUUAGGAUGAAAGAUUCUACAUAUAGUGGAGUUGCUACAAAUUCUUUAACAAAUGAGACAUUUAAUAUUAAACUUAAGUCCGAUUUUGAUCCCAAAUCUGACGAUAAUCCAUUUACAUCCUUUUCUAAAGCAAUAAUGGCUGCAUAUUUUUGGACUAGUAAUAUUUGGGUUCAAAUAGAUAGAUUUGAUUUUUGGGCUGUUGAUUCAUAUACUUUUAUUGCUAGUAUAUUCCUGGUAUUCGUUUUACAAAACAUGUUAAUAGCUUUUAUGAGUGGCGUAUAUGAAAGUGUAACAGCUACAAGUAGGCUAAUUUUGUUAAGACAUCAAGCAAAUUUCAUAGCAGAUUAUGAAGCAUUGCAUCAUAUUCAUCUUUGGAGUCCCGAACCUGAACCAAAACAUAUUUAUUAUUAUUGUCAAACUAAAACUAUUGAAGAAUGGUAUAAUGUAAGAAAAGAUGGACCCGGUCUUAUUUAUAAAGAUAUUGAAGAAAAAUUCAUUGAUAAACAUGUUUUUAAAGAAAAAGAUUAUGAUAAAUUUUCUAUUUUGGAAUGUAAUGAUGAUAAUAAUAUUAAAAAGAGAAUUGAAAAUUUUAAAAAUAUAGGUAAUGAAAUGAAUAAUAAUAUUGAAUAUUUGAUUAAAAGAUUUAAAAGUAAAAAUUUAAUUGAAGAAAUUGAAGAAAUUGAAGAAAUUAAUGAUAUGAAAAUUGAUUUAAAAGCUAAUGUUGAAAAAUUGUAUCAUAAAUUAGAGAAAAUGGAGAAAUAUGAGAUUUUGUAA